GUUACUAAUAAUACAUGAGACAACAGGAAGCAGUGUGACCAGCAGUCAGAAGAAUCACACGCCCAGUGGCACAACUUCCUGCUUCUGGGUUUCUGUGCAAGUUCUGUAGUUUUUCAUUUCAUUUUUUUUUUUUUUUUUUGAAACAGAGUUAUGGCCGAGAGGGGUGGCGUAAGGAGGUGGGGUGAAAUAGAUGUGAAACAGUUUUGACAAGUGCUUAAAAGGAAGAACAAGCUGCAGCUGACAGCAGCAGAGAGUUCAGUAAUGGAGCCUCAGGAGAUCCGAGAGGGAUACUUGGUGAAAAAGGGUACAGUAUUAAGCUCCUGGAACGCAGUGUGGGUGGUGCUGUCAGACGAUGGCUUGGAAUUCUAUAAAAAGAAAACAGACCGUUCUCCGAAAGGAAUGAUCCCGCUGAAGGGAGCCACACUCAUCAGCCCCUGUCAGGAUUUCAGCAAGAGAACGCUGGUCUUCAAGAUCACCACAGAGAAAAAACAAGACCAUUUCUUCCAAGCGUCACACAUAGAGGAGAGAGAGUUCUGGGUCAAGGACAUCAAGAGAGCCAUUAGCUGCCUGAAGGAUGGGAAGAAGUUUGCCAGGAAGUCCACGAGGCGCUCCAUCCGCCUUCCUGAAACAGUCAACCUCACUGAGCUGUACAUGCUGAUGAAAGACCAGGACGAUGGAGUGAAAGAGCUCAAACUGGAGCAAGAUAAUCGAGUUUUCAACUACUGCUUCACAGGUGAGACAGUAGUGGAGUGGCUGGUUUCAAAAGGGAAAGCGAGAAACAGCCCCGAGGCCCUCAUGCUGGCGACAGGUCUUCUGAACGAAGGUUUUCUCCAGCCUGCAGGCGACAUGUCGAAAGAGGGAGCAGAGGCCGCAGAGAAAACAGCCUUCCUAGACGACACGAAAGCACUUUACUACUUUGCAGAUAGUGGCUUCUUCUGUGAAGGAUACUCCAGCGAUGAAGAUGCACUCGUGAAAGAAGAAUUCAGAGGAAAUGUCGUAAAACAGGGCUGUUUACUUAAGCAGGGACACAGAAGAAAAAACUGGAAGGUGCGGAAGUUUAUUUUGAGAGACGACCCUGCUUAUUUACAUUAUUAUGACCCUUCAAAGGGUGAUGAUCCCCUGGGAUCCAUUCAUCUCCGUGGGGCUGUGGUUACAGCAGUAGAGUUUGUGCCUGAUGCCAAAAAGUACGACAUUGAUGGCAACCUCUUUGAGAUCAUCACCGCAGAUGAGACUCACUACUUCCUCCAAGCUGCAACAGCUGAAGAAAGAAAGGAGUGGAUCAAAGUGAUACAGGCAGUGUCAAACAGUGGAAAAUAACCGAAAGCUGUAGAGCGGAGGUGGGGGGAGGGGGUGGGGGAGGUGUACAGCUGCCAGCUGCAGUUUUAACAAAGUCUAAGUACUACCAAACAAUUGUUCUGUUCUCUUUAAUUGUAUAGUGACUGUCAGGUUUCUCUGUUGCACCGUAUCUCACUGUGGAUGUUUCUGCACAAUGUGUAUAAUAAUAAACAAAAGGUCACAUGUCUGUAAUAAUAGAAAAGACUCUGCAAUUAAAAUUCAGCAAGGUCCACCUAUUUUAUUUUUUCCUUAUAGAGUACUGUAUACUGUGCAUAUUAUAAAGUUUAAUUCCCUUGUAGCUACAGUAAUGCUUUUUUUUUCAUUCAUCAUUUUAUGUUUUUUAGGCCUCCAUAAGUAGGUAGAAUAACAGAGAAAAACCAAGAGCCAGAUAUGGGAAUUACCGUAAUUGAUAGAAAAGCGGUAACAACUAAAAAAAAAAAAAAAAAAAUGCUGCAAAUAUGAGAAAAGCUGUGCUGUCAUAAAAAAUGACUGUAAGGGGUCAUUAUUUUUAUAUUUUUGUCCCAGAAUCUCUCAAGGACUAUUAAGAGUUUACCAAAUUUAGAAAGAAGUAUUUAUGUCUCACUUAGAAAACGGCUUCAAAAUGCGCCAAUGACGGGGGGAUGUGUGGGAAGAAGACACUCAGUUCUGUAGCUUAUGUGGUUUUCUGAUUUCCUCUUUGUCCACUCGCCUUCCAAAAACCCGAGAUAAUCACCACUAUCACAAAAACACACUCAGUUCUUCUGACGCUACAUCACAUUCUGCCUUUGACGUUUCGCAGUCACUUUGUGGUAUGAAGUGCGACAGUUUAUCAGCCACUGAAAUGACUGGUUUGACUGACAGCAUGACUAUGUGGAAAAAGUCUGUCACAGAGAUGACACGCAUGACGUGACAACUAAUGUAAAAAUGACUUUAGUUUGUCUAUUUUUCACACUUUUGUAAAUGAGUCCCACUUCUUUGUCUGGCUGAGAGAAAAUAAAGUGUAAUUUAAAA